AUGUUUCGCAACAUCCUCUACCCCAACCGCUGGGAGGCCCUCUCCAAUAAAGCGGUGACCCUCCCACAUCGCGGAGUUUCUCCCCCAGAGUCAAGGGACAGAACAGUUUCUUCCCCAGAGGAUAGGGACCUAACAAUUUCUCCGCCAGAAGAAAGGGACACAGGUGCUGGGUGCUGCGAGAUAGUGCUCACCAUCCUCGCUGUCAUCAUCAUCAUUGCCACCUUCCCCCUGGCUAUCUGCAUGUGUCUCAAGGUGGUGCAGGAGUAUGAGCGGGCGGUGAUCUUUCGCCUGGGUCGGAUUCGGGAGGGCGGAGCCAAAGGGCCAGGGAUAUUCUGGGUAAUUCCAUGCCUGGACGAUUUCCGAAAAGUGGACCUCAGGACUGUCUCCUUCAACAUUCCUCCGCAGGAAGUGCUGACGAAGGACUCGGCGACCAUCAUGGUGGACGCGGUGGUGUACUACCGCAUCAUCCAGCCGUCUGUGUCCAUCACCAGUGUGGAGAACGCCAACCUGGCCACGCAGAUGCUGGCUCAGACCACCCUGCGUAACAUGCUGGGCACCAAGAACCUGUCCGACAUCCUGACCGACCGCGAGGAGAUGGCGGACCAGAUGGAGAUGCUGCUGUAUGAGGCCUCGAAGGGUUGGGGCAUUAAGGUGGAGCGCGUGGAGCUGAAGGACGUCAAGCUGCCCCACAGCCUGCAGAGGGCCAUGGCUGCAGAGGCAGAGGCCAGCCGGGAGGCCCGGGCCAAGGUGAUUGCUGCGGAGGGGGAGAUGAACGCCUCAUGUGCGUUGAAGGAGGCAGCGGUGGUGAUGGUGGAGUGUCCGGCUGCCCUACAGCUGCGAUACCUGCAGACUCUGUCUGAGAUCUCCAGCGAGAAGAACUCCACCGUGGUCUUCCCCGUCCCCAUCGACUUCAUCAGCUCCUUCAUGAAGAAGUAG